AUGGGCGUCGUACGCUGCGCUGUCGCGGCUGCCAUCUCGGUGAUGUACGGCGCAACGGCAACUCUGACGCAGACUCAGACUAACGGGGCUUCAACCCUGGGGACUUUGCUGAGUCCCAUCCUCUCCUUUUUCCUCGGUGAUUCAAGCAACCAGCUCUCCCAUGGUUAUCCAUGGGGUAGCCUGACCGACUGCUGCAACAACCCCUAUGCUGAAUACCCCAGAACUGGGGUUGUUAGGCAUUACGACUUCACUGUGAGCCGGGGUGUCAUUGCCCCUGAUGGGUACCAAAGAGACGUCCUUCUUGUCAACGGGGCUUUUCCGGGACCCCUGAUUGAGGCAAACUGGGGCGACACCAUUGUUGUCGACGUGCACAACGACAUCACCAAUCCCGAGGAGGGGACUUCCAUUCAUUGGCACGGUUUCCUUCACAAAGAAACGCCCUGGGAAGACGGUGCGCCCGGUGUUACUCAGUGUCCCAUACCUCCAAGGUCAAGCUACCGGUAUGAGUUUGUUGCUAGCUUGUACGGCUCGGCGUGGUAUCAUGCCCAUUACUCAGGGCAAUACGCUGGAGGCAUCGUUGGCCCCAUUGUUAUCCACGGUCCUACGCAAGCAAAGUACGAUAUCGACCUUGGCCCGGUCAUGUUGAGUGACUGGCAUCACAGGGAGUAUUUCGACAUUAUCGAGGAAAUGCUUGCACCGAAUGCUAGCGCAAUGGUCUUCUCGGACAACAACUUGAUCAACGGCAAGAUGAACUUUGACUGCUCGAAGGUUGCCCCUGGCGACGACACUCCUUGCACCAGCAAUGCCGGAAUCUCCAGGUUCAAGUUUCGCACAGGCAAGACGCACCGUCUCCGUCUGAUCAACUCGGGUGCCGAUGGCAUCCAGCGCUUCUCGAUUGAUGAACACAUUUUCACAGUAAUCGCGGAGGAUUUCGUGCCAGUCGAACCGUACAACACAAAAGUUGUCACUUUGGGCGUGGGCCAGCGCGCUGAUGUGCUCGUAACCGCCAAUGCAGGCCGCUCCAACGCCAUGUUCUGGAUGCGGUCGACCCUGACAUGCGCGCCGGCAAACCAGCCCAUCGCCGUGGCUGCCGUAUAUUACGACCGGGCCGACACAAACAAGAUCCCUACCAGCCAACCUUGGGAUCUUCCAAAUGCCGUGGCCUGCGCCAAUGACGACCUCAGAAAGACGGAGCCGCUGUAUCCCAUGGCGCUCCCUGAACCGACCUUUACGCAUGCCAUGGACAUCGAGCAGUUCAAGAACGAGUCGGACGUAAAACUGUGGAAGUUUGCCGGCGUUUCGAUGAGGGCCAACUACAACAACCCUGUACUCCUCCUCGCCAACGAUGGGAACUUCAGCUACCCGGAGGAGUGGAACGUCAUCGACUACCAGGGCAACACAUCUAUUAGGAUCAUAGUCAACAACAAGACACCGGUCCAGGGCCCCGGCGCAUGGGACGGCACCAUCGUCCGUCCGACGAACCCCACCAGGCGCGACGUUCAGAUUGUUAGGCCCUAUGGUCACCUCGUGAUCCAGUUUGAUGGCCACCCUGGCGUAUGGGCCUUCCACUGCCAUGUUGCAUGGCAUGCUUCUGGCGGUUUCUUUUCUUCGCUCAUUGUCCAGUCGAAAUGGGUGGCUCAGAUGGAGAUCCCGAGGGAUGUUGAGGGAAAUUGCAAGGCGUGGGACCUGUGGACAAAGCAUCAUAUUGUCGAGCAAAUUGAUAGUGGGACAUGA